AUGCAUCACCAGUUCGCGCGCCUCGUGCCCACCGCCCGCCCCGCGCUGCCGCCGAUCCACGGCGGAGCCGUCUGCCGGAGCUCUCCGCCCGACUACCGGGCCGUGGCGCUUCGCCGGGCGCCGGGCGCCUCCGCGGCUGGCCCGCGCGCGUGCCGCCCCCUCGCCGUCUCCGCCCAAUCCAUCAGCCCCCAAGCCGGCUUGAGGCUGGAGGAGAAGUUCUUUGAAGUGGAGAUGAAGGUGCGUGACUAUGAACUUGACCAGUACGGUGUUGUCAACAAUGCUGUCUAUGCUAGCUACUGCCAACAUGGUCGUCACGAGCUGCUUGAGAGUGUAGGCAUCAGUGCGGAUGCAGUGGCGCGCAGUGGGGAGUCGCUGGCCCUCUCUGAACUAAACCUAAAGUACUUUGCCCCUUUGAGGAGCGGCAACAAGUUUGUUGUUAAGGUGAGGCUUGCGGGCAUCAAAGGCGUACGGAUGAUAUUCGAGCACGUCAUUGAGAAGCUGCCUAAUCACGAGCUAAUUCUGGAGGCAAAGGCAACAGCUGUUUGCCUGAACAAAGACUACUAUCCUACCCGUAUUCCUCGUGAACUAUUGUCCAAGAUGCAGCUCUUCUCAUCCGAGGACAGCAGAGGGUCAAAUGAAGACGUUAAUAAUCGGAAUAACAGCUGCAACUAA